AUGAAAGUUGCAGGUGCGGGGAGAGGGUUCAUACGCGCUCUGAAGGGUGGAUGUCGUUCGGGCGCGUUGUCGUGGGUCGCAAACAGCAUGACUCGCUCGUUUCUCUUACAGCGCCUACAGAAGCUCACCAAUCAGCAAACUCCCAGCCCGCCAGGCAGACCGCCUGACCUGCCAGCGGAAGCCGCGCAGAGGGCGGAGGCUCAACGCGCAGGCAGCGACGCGACAGCAACAGCGCAGCGAAGGGGAGCAGCCGCAGUAGGGAGGGUUGCUGGGGAAGCGGGCCAAGGGGAAGGGCGGGCGGAGGAGCAGCGCGGUGGCCCUGCGCUGGGCAAUGGCUCGACAGGGAGGGACAGUGCCAUGCUCGCAGGCACGUGUACGGCCACAGGCACGGGAACGGGCACGGGCGCAGGAACAGGCACAGGCACGGGCACGGGCAUAGGCACGGCCACAGGCACAGGCACGGGCACAGGCACGGGCACAGGCACGAGCACAGGCACGGGCACAGGCACGGGCACGGGCACAGGCACGGGCAGGAAUUUGCGUGAGCGGUGGGAGCAGGCAUUGCAGAUCGGCAAGGGGCGGGCGAUUUGGGACGACGAGCAGACCACAGCGCUGCUGGGGAUCUUGCGGGAUGUGCUGCAAGCUGAGGGCUCCCCCCUCCCCGGCAGGAUCGACUGGGGGGCGGUGCACCGCGAGUGGUUGCGGCAAGGAUUCCCGCGUUAUUCGGGGGAGCAGCUGCGAAUGCGGUGCAAAGUGGUGCGCGGGUGGGUGAAGGACAUUCAGCUCCUCCAGUCGCUGUUGCCGCCUGAAGUCGCCUGGGACCCCACCACUCAGCGCUUUAGCCCCGACCCCAAGCUGGGAAUCAUUCCGCGGCUGAAGCAGCAGGGGCAGUGGAAGCACUACAGGCGGUGGUGCAAGCACACGGCGCCCUGGCUGCCCCUCGCUCUGCUCAACGCCCACACUUGCCCUGCUGAGGGCCCUCUGCGGGGCGAAGAGGAGGAGUGGGAGGAGGAGGACGACGACGAGGACGAGGACGAGGAGGAGGAGGAGGAUUGGGAAGAGGGGGAGGGAGGGGAGGAGGAUGGGGAAGAGGAGGAUGAAGUGGUGGAGGUGGAGGAUGGGGGGGAGGGGAAUGGGGAGGCGGAGGACGAGGAGGAGGAGGAGGAGGUUGAGGAAGUGGAGGAGGUGGGGGGAAGAGGGCGGGAGGGAUGGGGCGAUGGAGGGCGACUGCGGCGAGUGGCAGGGAGAGGCAAGGCGAGGAAGGGGCAGACACACGUGUACCGAGACGCGGUAGCUGACAGUGUGGUGAGGGCGGUGCAGGACGUGCAAGCCCUCCCCUCCUUAACGGACGCGCAGCGCGUGGCGGCCAUCGACGCCUUCCUGCAGCGCCCCCUCGACGCUCACGCCUUCCAGGCCAUGAGCCCCGCCCUGCAGACCCUCUUCGCUCUGCGUGCCCACGCCCAGGCCGUUGAUCAGCAGCUGGCUGGGAUUCAAGCUGCCACUGCUGCUGCUGGGGGGGGAGAUGCGGUGCUCACAGACCAGCUCCUUGCGCCGCUGCAGGGCGUGGCUGGGGUGGGGCUGCAGGGCGUGGCUGCGGGUAUUGGGGUGGCGGGGGGGGGAGUGGCCAGCGGAGCGGGGAUGGGGGGAUCGGUUGGGGUUGGGGGUGUGGCGGGGAUGGGCGCAGGGGGAGUGGGAUUUGGGGGGAACGGGGUGGGGGGGAUGGCGUCAACGGGUGUGGGAGUAGCAGGGAUGGGAACAGCAGGGAUGGGAACAGCAGGGGUGGGAACAGCAGGGGUGGGAACAGCAGGGGUGGGAACAGCAGGGGUGGGAACAGCUGGGGUGGGAACAGCAGGGGUGGGAACAGCAGGGGUGGGAACAGCAGGGGUGGGAACAGCAGGGGUGGGAACAGCAGGGGUGGGAACAGCAGGGGUGGGAACAGCAGGGGUGGGAGUGAGAAGCAUGUGGAUGGCUGAAACUCGUAGAGGGGGAAUGGGAUCGGGGAUACCGCGGAUAGGGGAAACAGGGUUCGGUUGGAGGGGUUUGGGAACGGUAGGACAAACGGAAGCAGAGAUGGGAGGUGGGAGUGUGGGUGUGGGAAUGGCAGCAGCAGCAGUAGCAGCGGCCUCAGCAGGAGCGAGGGGUGUUCAGGGUGUGGGCGGGGGAGGAGGAGGACGGGGGGUGGGAGGAGGCGGAGGGGUAGGAGGGGCAGAGGGGGUAGGAGAAGCAGCUGGGGCAGCAGGAGCAGGUGGGGCAGCAGGAGCAGGUGGGUUGGGUGGCACAAGUGCGUUGGGUGACACAGGUGGUACGGGCGCCCCAGGUGGGACGGGCGGCACACAAGGGGCAGGCAGCACAGCAGGGCUGCAGCUGCUGGGGCAUCGCGUGCAGGAGUUUGUGCGACAGAACCUGGGAGCAGUCAACGCAAGUCAAGGGGCAGUCAAUGCAGGUCAAGGGUGGGUGAGUGGCACUCCAGGGGUGGUCAACGGGAUUCAGUGCGAGUGCCCUGAGUGUGUGGCUGCUAGAAUGCGUCAAGGCACAGUCAACGCAAGUCAACAGAUGGCCAGCACAGAUCAACAGGCAGUCAACGAUGGUCAAGGGGCAGUCAAUGCUGGUCAAGGGGCAGUCAAUGCUGGUCAAGGAUGGGUGGCUGGCACUCCAGUGAUGGUCAAUGAGCAUCAAUGCGAGUGCCCUGAGUGUGUGGCUGCUAAAUUGGCGGCCAGUAUACGGCAAAGGGCUGUCAAUGGGAGUCAACCAGUGGUCGAUGCGAGUCAACCAGUGGUCAACGCGGGCCAAACAGCUGUCAACGCGAGUCAACCAGUGGUCAAUGCGGAUCCGAGGAGGGGAGCGGCAGCGAAUCAGACGGAGACAGCUCUCGGCCAAUUAGGGUUCGGUGCAGGUCAUGUGGGGACGGCUGCUGUGCUACAGACAAGAAGUGCUGGUCAAGCACCAGUCAACGCUGGUCAAGAAACAAGAAUUGCCAGUCAAGGAGCAGUCAAUGCAGGUCAAGGGGCGGUCAAUGCGGGUCAAACGGCAGUAGACGUAGGUGAAGGUGGGGGGUUGAGCAGUGAGGAAGAGUUGCUUUCAGAUGAGAAUCUGAGUGGUGGAUGGUCUACUAGUGAGGGCGAGGAGUUGAGUCAGAGGGAGGAGUUGAGUGAGGAGGCGUUGAGUGAGGGGGAGGAGUUGAGUGAGGGAAGGGGAAUCGUGUGUGUGAGGGUCAAUGGAGUUGCUCCGUUUGAAGCGGGGGCACUUGAGGGAUUGUGGCACGUCUGA